AUGCACUCCCUCUCUGCCCUCCUCUCCCUCGUCGCCCUCACAACGCUCGCCAGCGCCUCGAACCUCGAAAUCGACUACCUAACGCCAGAAAUCACCUGUGACCGCAAGACCAAGAAUGGCGAUCAGAUCAGCAUGCAUUACAAGGGCACCCUCUACGAGACAGGCGAGCAGUUUGACGCCUCGUACGGGCGCGGCCGGCCGCUGGACUUCAAGCUGGGCAGCGGGCAGGUUAUCAAAGGGUGGGACCAAGGUCUGCAAGACAUGUGCAUCGGCGAGAAGCGCAGGCUGACCAUCGCGCCCGAGCUGGCGUACGGCGAGCGAGCCGUCGGGCCCAUUCCGGCCAAUUCGAUCCUCGUCUUUGAGACGGAGCUCGUGGGCAUCAAAGGCGUGGAGGCGCCGAAGAAGGCGGAGCUUUGA